AUGCUAAACAAGCUUAGAUUCAAGCAUGUCAACAUAAACAGCAUUUUGGAACGUGAAAAGUCCUCAAAUCCACUCGAUGACUUCGGCUCCGAUGGGGGAAUUGAUCCUCCUCAAAACUCUCCUCCGGGACCGCUGUCGUUCUUCCUUUCACCAAUCACUUCUAAUGAAUCUGCAUCCACCACCAUCGUCGAACAAGACCACAUAGAUGAACCAAAGCUCCCCGACUCUUACUCGCCAUUACUUUCCCUCCCGGUUGAAAUUCUUCAUCGCAUCAUCGAAUUGGUAUAUUACGAUGACAACACCAACUCCAUCAACGCAAACCUCGAGACCUUUUCCAAAACCAUCCCCCUCCUUCUGAAGACCGUUAAUGCAUUAUCUUUGAGAUUUCUUUACAAAUAUGCGGUAUUCAAUCGACCACAUUCCUUCGAUAAAUUUCUUCAUAACCUCAUACGCCAUCCUGACCUUGGGCGCUACGUCGAGUUCAUCGACUUUCAAACAUUUACAUCGAUCGGUUUGGGACGCACUGGACGUAUGAACCAGGAAAUCCAGAUGGUAACGUCUGAAACCAUUGCCCAUGCACUCACCUUGAUCCCCAACUUGAUAGAGUUUCUUGCAAGUGAAAACAUCCAGGAUGACUUGGGUGUGGCUGUGCUUGAUAACCUCUUCAAUCACCAACCGAAAUUACAAGCCCUUGAUUUCUGUGGAGCAAGUAGCGAGAGUUUUGCUAGGGCGUUCCAGUUACUAGAAAUUGAACUUCCUCAAACUGAAAUCAUUGCCGGUCAGGUAGUCGAACGACGUAAAUUGGAAAACUUGUUCAAGAUAUCGUUCCAUGAUUGUUCCAAUCUUCAUGUUGACAUUUUCGCAAAGAUACUUCCUCAUUUGCAAAACUUGAGGCGCUUGGAUCUCACUCAUACAUCGAUAAAUUCAACUACUCUUGUCGCCAACGUCCCGGUGACUUCAAGACUCACUCACUUGUCAUUGGCCAGGUGUUCGAGACUCACAACCAAAGAUCUCAUUAAUUUCUUGGUUAAUCAUCCCUCAGUCGCUCAUCACCUGUUGCGUUGGCUCAAUCUUCAAAUCGACUCUAAUGUGGUCUCCCCACUUUCCGAUGUGUACUUGCACUACACUUUGCAGAACUUGAAGGCUGAUGAUUUGCGUUACCUCAACCUUGGCGGACUUCCGGUGAACACCCGCAUCCUUCGUACAAUAAGAAAGAGGUUUGUAAACUUGGAAAGCUUGAUAUUGUCCCAUAGUGGAUUGGAGACCGCUGACAUCAUGGAGUACUUGGAGGGCAACACGACCAUCAAGUUCCUUGACCUUACUGGAUGUAAAAAAAUCACUCGUUUCAAUCUCACCAGCAUUCUCAAAGCAAAUUUUGGAUCGAGUUUGUUGGCACUUGAGUAUGAUUUCAAGCCGCUCAUGGAAAUGACGGGAGGAGACUACUCCAAGAUAGCUCCAGCAACCUCGUCUUUGUCCUUGGUAGACCAGUCUAUGGUGCAACCAGAUAUUUGGAAGUUUUAUGAUAACGAGGGUCGCAGAGCAUGGAUCUACAAAGUUGGGCAAAACGACCCGGCUUAUAAAUCCAUACUUGCGGGAAAUUAUAACAGCUACAAACUCCUGUCGAGCCUUACUUUCUACGAUUUGGAAACAGGCAAGAAAAUAACGCAAAAGACAACUAAGCCCGAUUUCCUCAGGUACGCAUCGCGAAAAAUCAACUGCCUGAUCGGCUAUUACCAGCUCAACGAUUGCAAGAAGAAAAGCUAUAUAAAGAAUGAUGGAGACUAUCAGGAGGAUAUCUGGCCGGUAGCUUUCAGUCAAAGAGGCAUUUACAAUUAUUACUCGCUCAAUGUGAAAUGA